GGAAAAAGAAGAAGAGUUCACGGAAUAGGGAAACACGCGAAAAAUCAUAAGUAAAAAAUCGAUUGCAGAAUUUUCCUAGCAUUUUUCAACGAUAAAGUAGCUUAACUCAAAUAAAAAGUUAAAAAAGUGUAAGAAAAUAUAAAUAUUCCAAACAUAAUUGUAAAGAAUUUAAUUUGAUGCUAACUACGCUGUAACAUUUAUCAGACGGCAAACAUUUAGCCGAGCAAGGUAGAAAAACAGUGAAAAAUAUAAGAAAUGUCAUCGAGUACUGGUACCGGGACAGGAGCUGGCGUUGGUGCCGCUUUAGGUGAUAGCGAAAGCCGUCAUGCGAGUUUUGGGCAACGCAGCCCCGAACGCUCAUCUGGCGGUGGAGGUGGUGCGUCGAAGAAAAAAUUGGGCACUGAAAUCGGUAAGGCAGCUGCUGAAAAGUCGCGUGGUCUCUUCUCCGCUGAGGAUUGGCAGUGUAGCAAAUGCGCUAACGUAAACUGGGCACGUCGGCAGACUUGUAAUAUGUGUAACGCACCUAAAUUUUGCGAUAUUGAGGAGCGAACCGGUUACGGUGGUGGCUACAAUGACCGAGGCGUAGUCGAGUAUAAAGAUCGUUCUGAUUCAGACAGCGAUUAUGAUGAAUAUGGACGGCGAAAAAAACGCAAGAUGCAGGAUAAUGAAAAAUCCAAUGAAGAUGGUAAAGAAUAUGAUGAUACCGACGAAGAUGCACUUGAAGAGGAGGAAGAUGAAGAAGAUGAUGGUGGCGAUCUUUCGAAAUACGAUUUGUGGGGUGACGAUGAAAUAGCUCCUGUUACCCUUGUAACACCGGGAGGUGUUGAACAAAAACCGAUAGCAAGCACAAAACCUUUAGAGGAACGAAAAUCUCGUAGUCGUUCAAGGUCACGUUCUCAUUCACUGUCACAUUCUCGUAGCCGUUCACGCUCCCAUUCACAAUCUUCCACCUCUUCCAGCUCAAGUUCUUCUUCGUCAUCGUACACUUCAAGUUCACGUUCGAGUUCUGCCGGAUCGCGUUCAGGUAGCCGACUAUCCAAAUCACGUCAACGCAGUACAUCCAAAGAGCUGAAGAACUCACGGUCAAAUAGCCUUAAAUCUGCACCAUCCACACGUAAGCGUUCGCGCGAACGCUCCAAAACGCACUCACAAACAUCUCGAACCUCAUCACACAAGUCUGGAAAACCUGGAGGAAAAAUAUCUAAGUCGCGAUCACGUACAAGAUCAUCCUCACGUUCGUCAUCGACAUCAGCAAAACGUAAGCGUCGUUCCUCCCAGUCACCAACUCGUUCUAGGCAGGGUCGCGGCCGCAAUCGUACACGAUCUCGUAGUACAUCACGGCACCGUCGUUGAGAUCCGAAUAAAAAGAGAAUAAAAAAUAUGGUUGACUUCUUUAACAACAAAAAUCUGAAUGCAAUAGCAUUUCAAUACUACUAAAUUUGCGUCUUCUACCUACUAUGACUAUAUGCAUGCCUCGUCAGGAUAAGUCACAACCUUCGGAUAUUAAGAACUUAUGCAUACUGGAAAAUGAAUAGCAGUAAUUUAAAAAAAAAAAAAAUAAAACAAUUUUGAUUUUCACAAUACAGAUUAAUUAUACAGCACUUAAACACCACAUAUUUAAACACAAUAUAUAAUUUAUCUAAUAUUUAAAAGUUAUAUACUAUUCUUGCGCAUACGCCAAACGACGUUUUAUUCCUCUGCUUUUCAUAACUUAAGUAUAAUUAUAAACGCUGAAUUGUAACUUACGAAAACUAUAUUAGUAAUUUGAUGGACGUAGUGAAUUUCUUUCAGGCUUAUUAGCAUGUAUGCAGCUGGAGUUAUUUAUGAGUUGUUAUUUAUGUAAAAUGAAUAGUUUUAUAAACUUUCAAGUUUUGACAUAAUAAAUAAAACAAAUAAACACUU